GUGUAACCACGCCUGUGUGCGGGAUAACCGGAGCUCAGCAGCUGGGGAAAUCAGGAUGGUCCGAACUAAGGAACCUUUCAGAUACGGAGCCACCCUUCAGGCUAUUUCGUGACGAAGGAAGGACCUUCCUACAGUGGAUAGGAGAAACAGGGUUGAGGGAGGCAGCAGAGGGUCGAGUGGUGAUGGCGAAGCUCGUCUGUAGAGAUGCCUCACCGAAAUCAAAGUUCCCCGGUGUCUUCACUCCCUGCGUAGCAUUCAGGGUCGCUGGUUCACCAUCCAAAAGCAAUGUACGAGAAGUGAUAUUUUCAUCGACGACGCAGUUGUCCCAAGGACUUUCUGCUACGGAGUAUACAGCAAUAGGAUUGUCAUCCGUGAUCCUUGCCCUGAUUUACGUAGCCAGUGUCUCUCUGUAUCUGCACAAAUCUUAUCACUGCAUUGAUAACAAAUUUCGAAUCACCUCGGCAAUCGUUCACCCUAAUUGCACGUACAUGGAACAGUCGGAAGGCUGCUUCGGUUCUGGCUCGAUUUUGGGCGAGAGGAUACCGGAAGAGGAUGUGCGGGUGGUGGAAACGGCGGACAAUACGCAUCAACAGGACGUUCCCGUGUUACCAGGAACUCAGAGGAGGAAGCUGUACUUCAAUCCUGCAUAUUUCGACCGACAACUGCUACUCGCGCCUCCACCGGCAGCCAUCGAGUUCCUAUUGAAGAUACGAGAAGUGAUAUCCAUUGCUAAGCACAAAAUGGCCAUGAAGAGAUUCGUUCCCACCCUCGGCGGUAUCACGGAAGAGGAAUCGAUUUGCGAGUCCGCCGGUAAGAAUCAUCAACAGCAAUCGGGGAGUUCGGUCCAAGGGUCGAAGUCCCGAAAAUCUCAAAGAUGCACCGGGUGUCCCGGAUGCACGGAUUCUUUCCGGAACACCCCGUCGCUGCCGGAUCAGCCGAGUCCCGGUGAGAGCAAAGUCCGCGCCUGGUUGGAGGACGUCAGAACGGCCCCUCAGCGACGAUGGCGCGACGCCGAGGAAGCCAGAAGGACACUACAAGAAAACACCAGAACCUUUAACAGAAAUCUGGAAUAUUUGAAAGCCUUGGCCAGACGUGAGUUAGACGUAGAAAAAAUGAACCCGUGGAAGGACAAGCAAGUAGUGAAAGCGUUUGAAAACGUGGCGAGAAGUGAGAUCAUCGAAACCGACGAUCGACAUAGUGUUUCAAAACGGUCGACUAAAUCUAUGUUUGAGGAGACGAAUUAUUGUCUAUCACGUAACGGGGAUUCCUCUGUUCCUAACGGCGACGAGGCGAUCAACGCGAAGGUGAGAAAAGCUAUCGAGAACUCGUUCAUUAAACAAAUGGAAGAGAACGCCUCUUUACAAAAGAACGUAACAACGAAUAAAGAGAAAAACGUGGUUCCUAAGAAUGAGGAUGAAAAAGUUAAGACGAAUUGCAGUAAUUCCAUGAAACGGAAGAAGGAGCUACCAGAUAUGAUAAACGAACUACCGAACACGAAGAACACAGCGAAACGUAUAAUGGACGCGGUGAUUCGAGAGAUGGUCGAUGCCAAAGUGUUGGACUCGAGAUCUGGUAACAUCGCUGAUUACGAAGUGGACAGUUUGGAGCGGUCCAAGUCUAGCAGGAAGUCAUCGACCUCUCCAGAGUUCACCGAUCAAUCGAGCCCGGCUCUGUCCACGGCUCUGCCGAUGGAUGAGGAACUGACCAUGCAGAAUGCAGUGAUCGACACGAAGACCGGACAGAUGAUGACCUCUAAUAAAUUGGACAAGGACGUGAUCGAGAAGAAUUAUUACAACAGUCUUCCGGAACUGAUCUCCCAGAAACCUGAGGGCUACUCGUUGGUCAGCGAGGUGUACGUGAACGAUGGUUACGACAGUCCAGCUUGUAGCGACGAUUCUGGACCGGAUAUUCGAUACGAGCCGGAGAAUCCAGGACACCUGACGAUCAAAGUACAAGAUUCGCCAGAGAAUUACGUGAAACAGGACGAGUCUGAAUACGAGCCGGACACGUUGGACAGGAAGCCGAUGAAGCUGAGGAUCAACGACGACGUGCAUUACGAGAGAGACGUACCCGACGAGGUCUACGUGGACUCCCUCGAAAGACCUGCGCAGAUUCUUUUAAAAAGUAAAGGCAGUUUCCGGGACCAAGAUUCAACAAGAAACGCACCGAGCUUGCAACGUGGCUACGGUAGCCUGCGGGAGAUCUACGAGGCGAGAUUAAAAUCGACUUCCAGGGAUCUGUCGACCAGCACCAGGUCGUUGAACGCGCAUUCGGAGUCUUCGAUGUCGUGGAAGAAGUGUAAGUAUCUGACACCGGAGACGAGGCAGUUGAAGAGGCAGAGGCAACCGAGUAAUCGACCCGACGUGGUACCGCUGCCACCUACGGAGAACAUCUACCAACAUCCGAAGCCUCCGAGGCUUGUGAAGGACGGGAAGAAGGUGUCUUGUUUGUCAAAAAACGGCUGGGGCAGGAGUCCUGCCGGAGCGGGUGACCCUACGACCAGCAACGGUGCUCCUGUCCCUAAAGAAGACCCUGAUGUAGGGACCAACGACUGUUCUUGCAAGAAACCUGCACCGAGAUCUAGUGAGAGUAGAAAUAACUCGAAGUCAAAAUCGAACUCAUCCGCCACGUGGAAUUAUCGUAGUCAGAAGGACAGCAGGAAGACUUCGGAGCAGGAGAGUUGCAGGAGUCACAGCGAAUCUGAAAUUUGCAAGAAGCAUCCGGGUAAAUCAGACAGGAACCAGUUUGGCUAUCCACCGCGGAAAGUGGAGGACAGUGGAUAUUUAAGCAGCACUGAUAGCAAUGGUUCUCAUAAACAGUUGUUGAAACACGAGGUGAGCAGCGUCUCGGAGACCGACGAGACCGAGUCUGUCUGCGACGGAGCCAGCGAGAGCGGUGCUGAGAGCGUCGGUACAGACAGCGUGUUCUUCGGCAAUUUUCGUCGACUGUCAGACGUCUCUUUCUCGAAAAGUAUGGACUCCGGAGUUGAGAUCGCUGCGAGGGGCUGCACGUAUUUCCAACCGUUCUGUCCUAAUGGAUUCUCGGAGAGGACCAACUUCAGCAACAGCGACAGCGAGACAGAGAGUUUCAUCACGGUCCUACCGCCGUGCAGGGACAGGGAUCAGGUCUAGCGGGUCAGGGGUCAGAAAUUAUCGUGUAUAAUCAGAGGUGGGAAUUUACAACUGUGAUGGUAAUUUUAGAGCUUCUACGCGUUACUCUCUCAUAUAAGAAAUAGGUACUGAUAAUAUUACAGUAUUAAAUACGUUCGAUUCCGAUCGGAGUGAAUGGAAAUCAAAAUCAAACUGCCAUUGAUUUAGAUAAAUAUUUUGUAUCAUCCUACGACACAGGCGUAUUUAGUAUUGUUCACUAAAGCAAUUAAGGCCAGUACGUACAUGCAUAUUCAUUUUAUUUACGGCA